AUGACAGCCGUCUCCUUCCUGACGCUGCCUGGCUCCCUCCCCUUCCUGGAGUGCAGCGAGCACAGCGACUUUGACGACCUGCUCACCGUGCCGCAACACAAUGACUUCAGCCUGUCUUCCAGCAGCAGCCUGGACGCCACCGAGUUCUUCUUGGGGGAGAUUGGCUCCGCCGAGGCGACCAGCUCCGUCUCCAUCGCCCCAGCGUCGCCCGCCAGCUCAAGGCUCCAAGAGCUGACCUCUAGCUUUCCCCUUGCCCUGGACGACCUGGAGCGCGCACAGCAGCAGCUGGAGCCCGUCCCCGCCCCGCUGCCUCUGGGGUUGCACGGCCUGAAGCUGAAGCUGGACUUUGGCUCGGUGAUGAGCGCGUGGCACAGCGUGGGCGGCGGCGCUCACCCCUUCCACAUGACGGGCCCCGCGCUGAGCGCGGUCACCGCCGCCAUCCCCUCUGCCACCGACCUGGAGGCCUCGCUGGCGGCAGCCUCGGUGCCCGCCAUGGGCGCCUCGCCCGCAGGCAGCACGGCCGAGCCCGCGGGCCCCAGCAGUACCGCCGCCGCCACCGCAGCCGCAGCCGAGGCCUCGCGCAUGCGCGACAGGAAGGCCAGCCGCAAGAGCAGCGAGCGCAAGCUCGUCUAUCCCGCGCGCAAGGUCAGCGCCGACAAGCGGCCACGCAUCAAGGGCCGCUUUGUCACCAAGGCCGAGUUUGAGCUGAUGGCGCCGCCGCGCGUCUCGCACGACCGGCUCGUGCCCGGCCUGGUGCGCGCCUGA